ACUCACCCACCCACCACCUUUCCUUCCUUCAUUCCUUCGGCAUUAUCACUCUCGUCUGCUGUCAACACACCGACAAGAGACAGUCACAUUCUGAUUGUGACAAGUGAAGACUCUGACAGCACAUACAACUGGCUUAAACUCCUCCAUUCAACUUACUGGCUCAAUCGACAAUGCGAGAGGUUAUCUCAAUUCACGUAGGACAAGCGGGUGUCCAGAUUGGAAACGCGUGCUGGGAACUGUACACCAUAGAGCACGGUCUGACCCCGGAUGGAAGGGUGACUGAAGGUUCCCCUGCGGGAAACGAUGACGGAUUUUCUACCUUCUUCUCUGAGACUGGAGCAGGCAAACAUGUGCCCAGAUCCCUUUACGUGGAUCUCGAACCCAAUGUCAUUGAUGAGGUCCGCACCGGAACUUACCGAAGCCUCUUCCACCCUGAGACCAUGAUCACGGGCAAAGAGGAUGCAGCGAACAACUACGCCCGAGGUCACUACACGAUUGGAAAGGAUCUCGUGGACACUGUUCUCGAACAAGUGAGAAGACUUGCGGACAAUUGUUCCGGUCUCCAAGGAUUCUUCGUUUUCCACUCUUUCGGAGGUGGUACCGGUUCCGGGUUCGGUGCUCUGCUCAUGGAGCGUCUCUCAACCGACUAUGGAAAGAAGUCCAAGCUCGAAUUUUCAGUUUACCCUGCCCCGAAGAUGUCCACCUCGGUUGUCGAGCCAUACAACUCUGUGUUGACUACUCAUACCACUCUGGAGCAUUCUGACUGUUCCUUCAUGGUCGACAAUGAGGCUAUCUACGACAUCUGCCGACGGAACUUGGGAAUCUCGGCACCAUCCUACACCAACCUCAAUCGUCUCAUUGCACAGGUUGUUUCGUCUAUCACUGCAUCCCUGCGAUUUGAUGGCUCGCUCAAUGUUGAUUUGAACGAAUUCCAGACCAAUCUGGUCCCCUUUCCUCGAAUUCAUUUCCCUCUUGCCACUUACGCUCCGGUCAUUUCCGCUGAAAAGGCCUUCCACGAAUCGAACUCUGUUUCUGAGAUGACGAUCUCGUGUUUCGAGUCGAACAACCAGAUGGUCAAGUGUGAUCCCCGACAGGGCAAAUACAUGGCAUGCUGCUUGCUCUACCGAGGGGAUGUCGUGCCCAAGGAUGUCAACGCCGCUGUUGCCAACGUGCGGACGAAGCGAACAAUUCAGUUCGUUGACUGGUGUCCUACCGGUUUCAAGCUCGGAAUCUGCAACGAGCCUCCCGCCUUGGUGCCUGGUGGCGACUUGGCGAAGGUUUCAAGGUCUCUCUGUAUGCUUUCCAACACUACCUCGAUUGCCACUGCUUGGGCUCGUCUUGACAACAAAUUCGACCUGCUUUACUCCAAGCGUGCAUUUGUUCACUGGUACGUGGGCGAGGGUAUGGAGGAAGGAGAGUUCUCAGAAGCCCGAGAAGAUCUCGCCGCCCUCGAGAAGGACUACGAAGAGGUCGGCCUCGAUUCGGUCGAUCCUGACGAGGAGGAGGGCGAGUACUAGACUACCUGCUGAAAUUCUUUAUUCGUCUUCUUCUUCAUGACUUAAUAAGCUCUCACAAAGUCUUUCGGUAUGGCCAUGAAUGAUUUUGUUGCAUAA